CACAAUUUUAGUCAAUCUAUAUUCGCAACGGAGCAGUGAUGAUAGACCACAUUAUUUCAAAUACCUUGGGCAGCUUCCUUGUCAAGAAAAGCUUUUGAUUCUCAUUAAGUAUCAUAACCCACUAAUGAAUAUGCAUAGGAUGGUCAAAUUUAUACAUCAUCCAAAUUUACCAGGAAUAACACUAUGAAUCAGCUUAUACAAAUUGAUAAAAUUGUAAAGGUGAUAAAGAGGAACCUUAAGGGCACAUCAAAACAAACGACGAACGCUGGCGACUACAAAGCCAGCCACUAUUGUGCUGUAGCACUUGUACGCGCUUAUUGUUGCUGUAGCGGACGUAGAUAACUGAUUCACCUGUGCCAUUAUAUGCAAUAAGCCAUACUAAAACUACAGAUAUUGCGAUAAGGAAGUUAGGCUGAGGAAGGAAGCAGGUUGCGAGGCGUACAAGUGUAUGUUUUUAUGGUUGUAUGUGUCGGAAUGUGAGAAAACAACAGGUUUAAUUGUUAUAUAGUGCACCUGUUUGCACCAAAGCGUGUACGGAAUAUGCUUUUUUAUGUUGCGCCAAUAUUAUAUCUUAUCAAUAACUUAUCUUAUCAGCGUCACUUCGUAGCUUUGCUAAGAGUGAACGCGGUUUUUUGGAAUUUUUGUUUUGUAAGUUUUCUUGGGCGUAUAGUUAUUGGUUAGCCGUGGGUUUGAGGCAUGUUUUCACAAAACGUUGUUACAGAUUUCUUUAGCGAAUUCUAAACGAACGACAACGACGAUUACGAACAGUGAAGGAAGACCAGUAACGAGGUCAAUUUUGCUGCAUACAUUUUGAUAUAAAAAAGGAAAAAUAUUCAAAAUAAAAAUUAUUAAAAAAUAAUUUUUAAAAAGUUUAACAUUUAUUGGAUAAACAAGCUUGUGCGUGCAGCUAUUUUCAAAAAACUUUUCGAAAGCAGUUAGAUAUUCAAAAGUUAAUCGCCAUUGAACAUAACACAACAUUCAAACGUUUUCAUAGGACAAUAAAAUGGGCUUGGGGCGUCAAGAGAAUACGCUAGAGAAGCAAAUUGGCUGCGUAAAGUACACACUUUUCUGUCUCAAUGUUGUCGCAUGGAUGCUUGCGACCGCACUGUUCGCGCUGUCUGUCUGGCUGCGCGCCGAAGAGGGUUUUAGCAAUUGGCUGACUAUAUUACAGGCACAAUCCUUUUAUAUUGGCGUCUACAUACUAAUUGGCACAAGCGUUAUUAUGAUGGCGGUGUCGUUUUUGGGUUGCCUUAGCGCUUUGAUGGAGAACACGCUGGCGCUUUUGGUCUUUCUCGGCACACAGGCGUUUGGUUUUGUUGCUGGUGUGGCCGGUUCGGCGGUAUUGCUCGAUUACAGCACCAUGCACUCGAGCUUGCAGCCGUUGCUGCAGCGUACACUGACUUAUCUGGUAAGCACCUCGGAGUAUUCACAUUCAUCAUAUGUGCUCAAUAUGAUACAGAGCAAUAUUGGUUGCUGUGGCGCCACUGGACCGUGGGAUUAUUGGAAUUUGCAUCAACCAUUGCCAAAUUCAUGUCGCGACACAGUGAGCGGUAAUUGUUUCUUUAACGGUUGUGUCGACGAGUUGACUUGGUUUUUCGAGGGCAAGACAACUUGGAUUGUGGGCGUGGCCUUGGCGUUGGCGCUGUUGAAUGUGGUAUGCGCCAUUUUGAGUUUAGUGCUGGUGCAAGCUGUUAAAAAGGAGGAGGAUGAAGCGCAGACCUAUCGACAUUGAGUAAUUAACGUUAGCGGAUAGUAGUAGCAGACAGUGUUGGGAGUCGAAUAUGCACAAUAGUUGUUGCUGGGAAUGUGUACGUUUAUAUUUAGCGAUGUAUGCGCGCAUUGAGUUCCGUUGGAAACCGAAAAUUUUACAACUUUAGUUUUUUACCACAAAACCGCCGAAUGAACUUUUCACAUACAUACAUAUUUUUCAUGCAUAUUUAAUUUUUACCGUUAUCUAUUAGAAUAUUAAGUUUGGUUAACAAAAUGAAAACUUUACAAAUACACCUAAGCGCACAAAUAGUUUUAAUGAAAUCGUAAAUAAAUAAAUAAAUAUUUUUGUUUUCUUCUGCAUUUGGAAGAAAAUAACAAGAAAACAGUGUUGCUAAUAAUUAGCGUCGCUUUUUUUUUGGGGGGUAUUGACUAUUUAAGAAAAUUUACAAAAAUAUUUGUUGUUACAAAAACAAUCAAGAGCACUUUGAGGUGUGAUUCAAGAUUAUAAAGAUUUCUAUGAAACUUUCAAAUUUUAAUGAGCACUUCCAAUUGGUUUAACUCCGCCCGACAGCUAAAAUAAUUCAAUUAAAAAAAGAUUCCAAACGUCUAUCGCUGGUAUAUUAAAUUUGAUGUUUGUAUCACCCAGAAGAAAACGUCGGAGAUUCAUAUUAAUGUGACUCAUCAGUGUAACGAGCUGAGUUGAUUAAGUCAUGUCCGUCUGUCAGUAUAUAUGCGAACUAGGUCCUCAGUUUUUGAAAUAUCGUUGUGAAAAAUUACGCACGUCUUAUUCUCCCAAGAAGCUGCUCAUUUGUCGGAACCUUAUAGUAUUGUAAAUAUAGCUGCCAAAACAACUGAACGAUCAAAAUUAAGUAAUCGUUUUUAUUUGUAAAGGGUAUUCUAUCUAAGGUGCAACCGAAGUUAACAUUUUCAUGCGAGUUUAAAAUUUGCGACACAUAAUGAAUUUGUCGAUAUUUUUCGCACAUAAAUUUUCACAAACUAUAACAUUUUAAGACACGAAACAAAAUUUCAGUUAUUUGUAGAAUUGUUUAUACAAUUUUUAACCGAAUAUUUCAUGACGUUAAGAUAAUAAUACACUGAAACACUUCACUUGCAAUCACCACAUAAUGGAAAGAAAUUAUUUAAUAGCGAU